ACAGCUCAUAGCAAUGCUGGAUCCUUAACCCACUGAGUGAGGCCAGAGGUGGAACCCACAACCUCAUGGUUCCUAGUCGGAUUCGUUUCUGCUACACCACGACGGGAACUCCCUAGGAUCUGGCCCGUCUUAGGCGACGAGGAGGAAUGAAUUGAAGCUAACUGUCCAGCUGGUCAAGAAGCAACAGUCACUUAGCCCGAACAGCGGCCAUGUGGUCAUGUUUGUGGUUUGGAGAGUGUCCUGUUCUGGUCUGAGCUCAGCCAUGAUCACGGCCAGUCUCAUCUGGUCUGGAGCCUGUCACAGGGCAGAGUGGCCCUGUGAUCAGGGUUCAGUGAGGUUACAUUCACAGGAGUGGACCAAGCACCCCAACCCGUCUAGCCAGACCAUUCCCACUCCACGCGGCUCUUUCUCUUCCUCCAUGGCCCCUUCUAGUGGGGUUGGGAGGGGGGAUGGAACCGGCCCUCGGGACGAACAUCUCGGUAUCCAGAGCGCCGCCGCCGCCCAUGGGUGGCGGGACUGGGCUUAGACUCCCUGCUUUUGUGCCCACGAGCCAUCCGGUUCUCUCAGGCGCAGUUGCUGCCCUUAAGGCUGUGGACAGCAGGCAUCCGUGGGCACAGCACGGGCAGUUACACAAACAAAACUGGCUGACACCAGAUCCUAAAGACAAGGGCCUCGAUUGCCAAGCCCCAGGCCAUGAAAACUGCCCCGGAGUUGGGCUGGUCUUUCCCUAGGGACCCUGCCGGCUUUUCUGGAGGUCGGUUAUGAACCGUCUGCCCGACCGUGGCAUUUAUGCAGUGUGUAUACAGAGGCCACAAGAAGGGUCUGAUGAGAACUGAAUCCCCAUCGGUUAGAUGAGAGGUUCAAGGCUGCGUGAUCCGCGAGUGCGUUGACAUUCACCUGGUUCGUUGCACUGCCAGAGCGAUUACUCGGGUUUCCUAACCCCACAAAUUCCGUCUUCUGGUUGUAUUGGCUUCCGAGGAGUAAGCUGCCUCUCUGUCACCUCCCCUGCCGCUCUUCAGAAAGGGUCAUUGGUCUGAUGUAACCAAAGGGCUGGAAUUAAAAGGCGGCCCAUUGGUCUGUUGGAAUAGUCCUUAUCCGUUAGCUGAGCAGCUCCCCUGCCCACCCCAGGCGCUUGGAAGCUCACCCGCUUGCCCAUGUUCUCUGGUGUCCUAGCAACUGGAACUCAUCUGCGCUCUGGCCAGGACAGAGGCCAUUCUCUCCCUGACUGCUGUGACUUGCAGGCUCUCCAGGGCCCUGAGGACCUGAAAGGUCCACUCCCAGGUGUACUGAAAGCCCUCACUUUUCCCCAUGGACUCCCAGAACGCCAGCCCAGCCGACCCCAAUCUCAGCAGAAUGAGCUUCUCGCUCACGUUCUCGGAGCUGGUCAACAUCGCCCUCCCGCAGUGUGGGGUGCUGAACUUCAAGGCCCUGCACCUCCUGCUGCAGGGUAUCCUGGAGCACAUCCACAUGGCCGAGCUCAAGAAGGUCCUCCCAGGGGACGAGGACUUCCUCCAGACCCCGCAGGCCGUGUCCACGCCCCGGGAGGGAGACGUCCAGCCCAUCCUCAACCCCAUGCAGGGGCUUGGCAGCGUCUUCGACCAGGUGGUGAGCCGCGUGGACAGGAUGGAGAGCCAGCUGGCCCUGCUGCAGGAUCUGCCCUCUACCUCCCAGCUGCUGGAGGGCAGCAAGGGCACCGGCCAGCCCGCCCAGGACCUGUGGCAACAGAUAAAGCUCCGCAAGAUGGUGGAGGGCAAUGAGGAAGCUGUGGCCAAGUCCAUGAAGACCCUGCAGGAUUUGCUCACUGAUAUUUAUGCACUCAAGGUCACCAUCGAAACCCUUAAGAAGGAUGUGGCCAUGCUGAAGGUCAUCGUUGGCAAGAUACGUCCUGAAAGAAUAGACACUUUCUCUGAAGAUUUGAAAGGGCAGAACAGGAAGAUGAGUGUGCUGCAGGAGGAAGUGAUUUCCCUGCAGAGCAGGAUCGUCACCAUCCCCAAGCCUGAGGACGUGGUGCUCUGGAGCAGCCUCCACGAGGCCAUGUUCACCCCGGGAACGGCUCCCGCGAUGGUGGAUGAUGCCGACCUGUGGCAGAUUGCAGGACACGUCCCAGAAAUGGACCUCCGGACGCCCGAGCGCUACAAGGCAGCGAGUCGCAGCCAGGUCUCUGAGGCCAUCCGGCACCCCCGGCUCCUGGAGAGCGCCUGGCAUUACCAGGUCCCGGGGCAGCUACCGGAGGAAGAGUCUCCCCAAGAAGUUCCACUCAGCAAGGCCCAGGAGCGGGAACAGCCCCAGACGCUCGACCCUGGGCCCAGGCCUGGACCUGGGCCUGCACUGGGUCCUCAGCCCACACCAGCAGGAUCCUGGCCUGUACCACCACGUGGCUGGCCUCCUCCCAGAGACUUGCCGGGGACCAGCACUGGGCCUUUCUGGGGCUUAGGUUACUUUCAGCCUGGCCUGGGCCCGCCAGGCUCCCUGCCUGCCCAGCUCCGGGGCUCUGGGGCCCCACCCCCAGCCGUGGAGCUGGGUUCUGCUUGGCCUCGCUCACUGUGGUCACGGUAUCGCCAGGCAGAGACUCCCAGGCUCUCGUCUGUCUCAGAAAAGAUGGAAGAGCGUGACUCUGCGGAAGUAGGUGUCCCUCAGGACGGAGCCCCGAGGGCUGGGACCCCCAAGGAGGCCCUCUCUGAGGGACCCCAGUCUGACCUUCAGCGGCUCAAAUCCAGUGCUGCUACUGCAGCUGCCGCGGCCGCCACCUAUGCAGCUGCAGCGACAUCAGCAGCCCAGGCAGCUAAGGCUGCUGCCAGGCUGAUCAGGGACACCCCUACCACCAAAUUGCCCACCAUAGCAACAUCCACGGCCACAUCCGGGCCCUCAGGGGUCCCGGGAGACAUCCAGGGCACAGGGUCCCCCCGCGGGGCCUCCAGCUCUGUGGCCUUCACCGAUGACGGUGAGCCGGAAGACCUGCGAGAGAUGGACUAUGAGGAAAUCCUCUCCCCUUCGUUGUCUCCACCCGGCAUGGCCCUGUCCCAGGCCAUGCUGGCUGCCAAACAGGCCACAACCCCCGAAGACAAGAAGAAGGCCGUCAGGUCCUCCAUGAACCACAUGGCCUGGAUGCCCGUUAGACACGACUCCCUGAAAGGAGAGCUUGCCCAGCUGUCAGCCAGCCUAGAGCAGCGCAUGACUUACCUAGCUAAUAUGGGAGCCUCUUCCAAGCUUGGGACAACAGUAGACGUACUGCAGGAGAAGAUUGGCAUCCUCCAGAAAUCCAGGAUGAGGGAGGAAGAACUUGAGAGGAUUUGGGGCCACCAAAUCGAAAUGAUCAAGGACCACCACGUGGUGCUGGACAGGGCAGUGGACAAGCUCCAGACCCACCUGGAUGAGUUAAAGGUCGUCCAUUCUCAAAUUAAAAACCUAGAAAUGUACAAGGCAGAUAAAACUGUGAUGGAGCAGGAGCUAAAAGAGAAAGCUGACAGGAGCACCCUGGCAAGCAAGGCGAGCCGGGCUGACCUGGACACAAUGGCAAUGGAGCUGAACGAGAUGAUUCAGGGGAUGCUGUUCCGGGUCAUGGCCAAUGAGGAUGACUGGAAGAAAGCUGUGGCUCAGCUGGGCAAGGACCUACGCACCAAACUGGUUCACAGUGAUUUGCAUGAUCUGAAGAAAGACAUAGAUGAGGUCUGGAAGAUAGUCAGGAAGCUGCUGAUUGAAGGCCUCCGCUUUGACCCCGAUAGCGCUGCCGGCUUCAGGAAGAAGCUGUUCGAGCGGGUGAAAUGCAUCUCCUGCAACCGGCCUGUGGAGAUGAUGACCAGCCCGCCACUUGUCACCGUCCGCAAUGCCCACCUGCUGUCGCGGCUGCGGCCAGCCAGCGCCAACAGCUAUGAGUACCUGCAGCGGCAACAGAUGAGGGAACAGCAGCGGCUGCAGAAGCUGCAGAGCCUUGGAGCCCAGGAGAGGAGUCUGGACUUGCUGGGCUCCCAGCAGGACUGGGGUGAUGGCCCCAGAAACGAUGCCAACCUGAAGUUCAAGUCAUGCAACCUGUCGACGCUCUACCCCUACGGGGACCCUGAGUUGUUGAACUAUGACACCGCCGAGGUGGACAUCCUGGGAGUGGACGGGAUCCUGUACAAGGGUCGAAUGAGCAACAAAGACCGGCCGCGGCUAGUGACUGGGGCCGAGAAGGAGCUGGCAGCCGUGAAAGCUCCACAUCCCCCGGCUCAAAACCCGAGCGAGGGUGUGCGCCCGGGAGACUUGCUCGGAGCCGUCUACCCCUGUGAGUACCUGUUCCCACCUCCCGGAGAGUCUGGCGGGUGUCUGGUGAGCCCCAGCCUGGCUCUCUCCUGCCCCACCUCCUCCAUCUCUCACCUGCUCUGCCCGGGCCUGGGCUGGAACAGGUCCCUUGAGGGGCCCCCACCCAGCACUCGGUACCCAGCGCCCUGGCCAGGGCUUCCAGGCAUCCUGGGAUCUAGCUUCACCCUUCAGCCAGUGCACCCUUCGGCUGGACCAGGCACCUGUCCCCAGGUGUCUAGCCGGCUGCAGGGGUGGGACAAGGGGGCCCCGUUCAUUCCCUUGGGUGUCUGUGCUGGGGACCCAUGAGCCAGGUUGGGGAUAAGUGAGCCCCGCCUCCCCGGCUUGACAUUACCGUGCGCCAGGCAGCUGCGAGUGCGUUCCAGCACACAAGGCACCUCCUCCCCUCUUAUCUCGCCCAGUCCUUGCCCCGCUUGCCCAUUUUAAAGCAAGGAGGGAGUUCCCUGGGGGCCUAGCAGUUAAGGAUCUGGCAUUGUCACUGCUGCAGUGCAGGUUCCAUCCCUGGCCCAGGAACUUCUGCAUGCCAUGGGCUGAGGCACAGCGACUUGGAGCUGGGGAGUCAGAGCUGGGCUGGAGCCGAGGUCCUGGACCCCAAACCAAACCCUGCGUCCUCUCUGGUCCCUGUGUUAGGCCCCACCUCUCUGGUUUCACUUCUCCUGGGCAGACACCACCACCUCCCCCCACAGCCAAGGUGUAAGUGCAGGGAGCCUGGGACUGGAGAUGGAGUACCUCCAGGCUUGGGGUGACCCUGGGGAGCCAGCCUCCCUCCCUAUUGUUUUUUUUUUUUUUUUUGUCUUUUCUAUGGCUGC